AUGGCCUCCACAGCUGCAAGACCAACGAUAGGCGCAGUACCUCCGAUGAUAACCGCUCGGAGAGAACCUUCACUGAACAUCCUGGAGCCCCCUUCGCCAAAGUACCUCAGAGGCAAGACGUCCACUCAGCAUAGUUCACGGGAGGUGCUAUUUCAACCCCAACUGGGCGUCGGUUCCUUUAGUUUCGGUGGGAUCGGUCCCCGCUUCACCAACGACAGAGACAUCGAACGCUGCUGGCGGUUCCAGAGCCACAGGGUCAACAACGAAAUGGGCGUCUACACGACCGCCCAGUGGACAUGGAAGGCCGUCGCCGAGAACCCAGACAUUGAGGACGUCGGUGCGCUCUUCGCAGGCGUCAUCAUCCAGCACCCGGGCCAACCGUUUUACCUCAGCUGCAAGGUCACCGGCAAGUUGGUCCAGCUGGGGAAGAAAUUUCGCUAUGGCAAUGAUGACGACCGGCCGUACCAUACGCUCGUGCAUCCGAAACCAUCGCAGCAAGAUCUCGAGGUCGAAGCCGAGCGAUUAGAGGAGGACAUUGUCGACCUGAUCGCACAGGCGGCUGCCAGAGUUCUCAUCCCCGAGGGCGACGACCAGCAAAAUCCGGCGCCGAGUCUUCCGCCAGGGAUAUGA